AGCGCGCGGGUUGCGCAAGGGCGAGCGGCCUCGCCGUGGGGGUUCAUCCGGGUUUUGCGCGCUCCUUCUCCGCGGCGGGGGAAUGCCCUGCGGGGGGACGCUGAGCCUGGCAUAACCGCGCCGGGGUUUCUCGGGGACCCCCUUCCCACGGGAGGCGGUGGAGAUGGCGGCGGCGGCGCCGGUGGCAACGCUCCAAGAGGCUUCGGAGAGGCAUUGCUGGGUGUGUUUUGCCACCGAAGGCGAUGACCGGUCGGCAGAGUGGGUCUGUCCUUGUCGUUGCAAAGGAUCCACCAAGUGGAUCCACCAGGCCUGCCUCCAACGAUGGCUGGACGAGAAGCAAAAGGGGAACAGUAUCGGCAGCGUGAAUUGUCCCCAGUGUGGAACUGAGUACUGCAUCGUCUUUCCCAAAGUUGGGCCCGUGGUCUAUUUCCUGCAGCAAGUGGACCGGAUUUUAUCCAAAGUCAGCCCUUUUGCUGCUGCUGGCAUUGUGGUGGGGACACUGUACUGGUCGGCAGUGACUUACGGAGCCGUGACUGUGAUGCAGGUGGUCGGCCAUAAGAAGGGCCUGGAUGUGAUGGAGCGAGCCGACCCCCUCUUCCUGCUCAUGGGGUUGCCCACCAUUCCGGUUAUGCUGGUACUGGGCAAGAUGAUCCGUUGGGAAGAGUACGUGCUUCGAGUGUGGCGGAAAUACUCUAGCAAGCUUCAGGUCCUGCAUUCCUGGGUUCCAGGAACCAGCCGCCCAAUCCCAUCGAUACCUCUGGCCGAGUCACGCUACCAGAGCGACCAUCUUUCCAUCUCGCGCACCUUGUGUGGGGCCCUGGUGUUCCCAACUAUUGCCAGCCUUGUGGGCCGGGUCACAUUUCAGAGAGUUAACUCCAACCUCCAGCGUACCAUCCUGGGUGGCAUUGCCUUCGUGGCCAUCAAGGGAGCAUUGAAAGUUUAUUUCCGCCAACAGCAGUACUUAAUCCAAGCCAACCGGCGCAUCCUCAACUUUGCGGAGAAAGAAGACGCGGAAAAGGACUUGGCUCAGCCCGAGGAAGACAGCGGCAGUGAAGUAGGGCUCAGCUAGGAAGAACAGUCACAGCUUCUGCAGAUCCCUCCGUUCCCCCCCCCACCCCCCACAUUCCCAUCCAGAAUAAGCGAAUUCUUCUCUAAGAGAGAUUGUAACUCAUCCAGCAUCUCUUUUGAAGCAAGUGCCUUUUCGGGCAACCCAGAUGUGGCUGCUUUGUGUUGUGGGGAGAUGCUGACUUGAGGUUGGGUGAGCCAAAUCUCUGCAAUCUUCUCUUUAUCAGUAAACAAUGCUCAUUUCCAAGCCAA